GAGAGAGAGAGCGAGCCCCAUUCGUCAUUCGUUCGCGGGCAACGAGGGAACACCCAGCUUGCUUCUUGGCGUGUGUCGUGUCAUUUGGAAGUCAACUUGUUCGAGACAUGUUCCUCACGAGAGAAAUGCGGUGUUUGUUUUUCUUUCUUGUGGUGGCAGCGUCGUGGCUCCCGGACGGCUGUUGGGCUGACGAAGAAGGCGCUGCAGUCGACGUCGGGGACCAGGAGGACGAGGGGGAGAACGGAGCCGACGAGGCCGAGGUGUGCGAGCCUGCCUUGGCCGAUGAGUGCUUUGACGACGUCCUCGAAAACAUCCUGUGCCACGUUUUGUCUCCUGUGGGACGCAACUGCACCAUGAGGAACGCCAGGGAUCUGUGUGUCGGCUUCGACGACGCCCUGAACUGCACCUCCGGCAUCAUCGACUCGUCCUGCAGUGAGAAGGAAGGUCGACUCACCUUCGACACUUGGCUCAUCGGCUUGAGGGCCGUGGAGCUCGACCUGUGUCAGGGGGAGGUACUGGAGCCUAUACAGACUCUUCUGGAUAACACAAGGUGCUGGAAUUUCAAAAAAUUUAUCACUUGCAUUGAGACUGAGGCGAACGUCACGCAUGUGUCCGAUCUCCUGACCACCGACCUCGAUGCUUAUGAAUGCAACCGUCUCCAGUUGGCAGUAGGUGUUUGCAACGCUAAGGCGGAAAAGAAUAGGUGGGUCUGCAAAGACAAGGCGGAGGUGUUGCACAGGGCUCUCGCAGUGUUCUUCUCUGCCACUAACUGCGGGGCGCUGACUUCUGCUUGCCGGAGCUUGAAAGUGGGAGGAACGACCGGGGCGACGGUGCUCUCGACGCUGGUGGUGAUGGCGGUGCUCCUCGCUCUCCUGGGCAUCUUGCUGGUGAGGAAGGGAGUCCUGGCUCUCAACAGCACGAGGAGACGACAUGAGGAUACGCUCGACUCUGACGGCCCGCAGGAAGACUACAGCAGACUCACUUAGGGGCGUCCGUGUGUGUGUGUACGUGUUUUUU